CAGAAAAUCUAACAAUAUUUGCUAUUGUCCUAAUGAGCUUCCAGCAUUUCCUGUGGUUGCCUCUUGUUCCUCUUGUAUAUUUCGCACUCCUGGUUCCUCUUAAGAUUCAGUCAACAAGCUACUCUGAAGGGUACCGAGUUUGUAGUAUUCCAUUCAGAUGUGGGAAUCUUACAGCCGGUUAUCCAUUCUGGGGAGUUGACCGACCGAGUUAUUGUGGGCACCCUGACCUGCAGAUAUUUUGCGAGAACGAUAAACCUAUAAUGCAGAUGAAUAACUUGUCUUACCUUGUUUUGAACGUGGGUGAAAAAGCCGGUGUUCUCAGGAUUGCAAGAACCGACUACUUGGGUGGAAUCUGUUCACCUCGAUUUAUUAACACCACCCUCAAUCCCGUGCUGUUUAACUACACUAAUGAGUAUCAGAUGCUUACCCUACUUUACGCUUGCCCCAAUUCGCCUUUUCUUACAGAACAUUUCACUUGCUCCUUCACUGGUACUGACAAGAAGGAUGGCUAUAUAGAAAUAGGAAGUAAAGGUCCUGAGGCAUGUGAUGUUGGCAUAAUUGUUCCCUUUCCUAAAUCGUUAAUUCUGCAGGCAAAGGAGAAUCGGUCAGUUUUAAAACAAGCCUUCCGAGACGGAUUUCAGGUGAAAUGGAAUGUAGAUAACACGAUUUGUGAGAAAUGCAUCGAAUCUCAGGGAUUUUGUGGUUACGAUGAAAUUCUCAAUAUGCCAAUUUGUUUCUGCCGAAAUGGACACUUUAACCAGUCUGAAGCGUGCUACAUCUCACUGUCCAACCAAGGCUCAAAUGAGUCUCCAGCUUCGGGAGUAUCUUCCAAUGGCCAUAAUGAUAAAAAUAAAUCAUUCUUCAACAAACCAAGGAAGAUUGCCGUAGGAAUUAUAGCUAGUGUCGUGGGGAUUAUAAUUAUCCUCUCGAUGGUUGGCCUGGGGCGAUUGUGGAAGAAGAAAACAAAAGAUGAUCAAAGCAUGGAGGCCUUUAUCAGAAAUUGCGGAUCGCAUGCUCCACAAAAAUAUAAUUUUUCUGAUGUUAGAAAUAUUACAAAAUCAUUCAGUGAAAAACUUGGGCAAGGAGGCUAUGGUAAUGUUUACAAAGGAAAACUACCUGAUGGUCGUCUUGUGGCAGUGAAGAUCUUGAAGGAAUCUAAGGGCAAUGGAGAGGAGUUCAUCAAUGAGGUGGCUAGCAUGAGUAGAACAUCCCAUGUAAAUAUAGUAAGCCUUCUGGGUUUUUGCUGUGAGAGGAAUAAAAGAGCUUUAAUCUAUGAAUUCAUGUGCAAUGGAUCUUUGGAUAAGUUUAAAUGUGAUAGAGGAUCUUCGACUGCAAAUUGCAAUUUGGAGUGGAAAACACUUUACCAAAUCGCAAUCGGUAUUGCUAGAGGACUAGAAUACUUGCACAGAGGUUGUAACAUAAGGAUUGUGCAUUUUGAUAUAAAACCUCACAACAUUCUUUUAGAUGGAGAAUUUUGUCCGAAAAUAUCUGAUUUUGGGCUUGCUAAACAAUCCAACCAAAAAGACAGUAUCAUGUCAAUGUUAAACACAAGAGGAACGAUAGGAUACAUUGCACCAGAAAUGUUUUAUAGAACCUUUGGAGGAGUAUCUUACAAAUCUGAUGUCUACAGCUAUGGAAUGAUGAUUUUAGAAGUAGUUGGAGCAAGAAAGAAUAUUGGUAUCAGGACAUCACAAACAAGUGAAAUAUAUUUUCCAGAUUCAAUUUAUAACCUUCUUGAACUGGGUAACGAUUUUGGACUUCCAGGCGUUGUCACUGAAGAGGAGAAACAGACAGCAAAACAGAUGAUACUGGUGAGCUUGUGGUGCAUUCAAACCAAUCCAUCUGAUAGACCAUCAAUGACCAAAGUUGUGGAGAUGUUGGAAGGUACGCCAGAAAAUUUACAAAUUCCACCAAAACCUUAUUGGUCGUCUCCACCAAGAUUCCCCAAACUUUCUUUGCUGGCGUCUUCGUCAACACAACUUGCUUCAGAAUGUGAAUGAAAUGCAUUAAAAUGUGGAAAAUAUGAUAUUUCAAUCCAUUUAAUAAAUUAAAUGUGAUAGUUCAAUAACUUUACAUUAUAAUUUUCUAAAUUUUUGAAAACAUGACACAAGAAGGUUGCUAAGUAUGAUUGUUUGGCCGGUG